GUAUUUUUUCAAACAAUUAUAAAUUGUGGGGAAUAUCUCCCGCCAAGUAAUAGACAGUUUGCCUGUAAUCUAAUAAUAAGUAUUGGUAAUCUUUCUGGCGUAAUGAUAGGCCACAUUUUAAGUCUUUUAUUGGACUGGAGACAAGUAGCACUUAUUGGGCUGAUUCCUUCAGGAUUGGCGUGCAUUUUGCCACUAUUUUGGCUCGAAAGUCCAUAUUGGCUCGCAGCAAAGGGGAAAUUUGAUAAAUGUGAACAAGCCUUUAGGGCAUUGAGAAAUAAUAAUGAAAAUAAUGAAGCAGAAUUAAAAUAUCUCAUUUCGUACGAGAGGAAAAAUCAAACAGAAUUUUUAACGCGCCCCGACACGCCAUCUGGUGGUGAUAGCAAUGAUUUAGUGUUUAGGAAAAUAGUGCAGGCAUGUAAGGAAAUGUAUUUUUGGAAAAUUACAUUUAUCGUAUUUAUAGUGAAUAUUUAUAGGGCUGCAGCUGGACGUGUUCUAUUGAGUACUUUUGCUAUAACAAUGCUGCAAGAAAUGACAGGUCGUAAUGAUGUUCUGUUUUUUACCUUACUUGUUGAUGGAUUUGGAAUAAUUGGUGCUGCUUGGUCAUUCUAUUUAAUAAAAAAAUAUAAAAUGAGGAGGCUUCUGUUUACCUUAGGUGUAAUUUCGAACAUUAUAUUAAUCGCAUUUAGUGCAGCAUUAUACUUUGUACCGAACGAAAGUUGGUAUCCGUGGAUUAAAGUGGUUUUAAUGGCGUUCUAUUACAUUGUUGCAAGCGCCGGUCCGUACGCGGUAUUAGAGGUUUUUAUUGGUGAGGUUAAUCCUCUCGGGGUUAAAGAAUUCAGUACUUUUGUAGCUGGAAGCUUAGCAGGAGGCGUUUUUUUCCUAUCUAUAAAAUUAGCAUCAACGAUGUUUUCAACAUUAGGAUAUUCUGGCACAUUUCUUUUAUACGCUUUCAUUACUAUUAUGUGUCUCAUAUUUUUGUGGGUGUAUAUGCCUGAAACAAAAGGUAGGACUUUACACGAAAUUGAAGUGUUUUUUAAAACGGGAAGAUUUGAACAUAAACAAGAAAUUGCCUGCGGUAAAAAAGUACAAGAAGUUAAUGAAUGUAAAAGGCAAGAGAAUUGCAAUCUUAUUAGUGGUGAAAUAGGCUUAUAGGGGCCUGAAAUAACUGCAUUAGUGAUCCGCCUCAUAUAUUAAAGAUAUGUAAGCCGAUAACAAACAUAACAAAUAGAUCACUUGAAACCUUUCUUCUAAAUUAUAUUAGG